CCACGCCAGAAAUUUUUUCAUCAUUCUUUUAGAAAUAAUCUUUUUCUCAACGGGGAAACUUAAAAAACGCGAAUCUAUAUCCAAAAAAAAAAAAAAUUUGUCACUAAUUAGGGGAAAAGAUUUUUGCCAAACAAUUUAUAUUUUCUAAAAUGAAUUUAGAAACAAAAUUUACCGCGUGACUUGGAUCAUUCAAAUUUAUUGUCAAAAAAUUGUCUAUAAAAUGAAAUCACGUUUCUUAACAAUCCUAUCAUUCAAAAGAUUCUAAAUUAAUCUCCCUUUUUUUUAUGAUCACUACUUCUCCCGCGAGUCCGGUUCCAGUUCGAACCCGGUCUCGUAACGCCAAAAAUGGUCGCAAAAAAGGCGGCACAGUUCGGCUAUCCGAUUCGGGAUUUAUAGAUGAUGACGAGUUAACGGAUAAUGAAGUUGCCAUUUACCACGCCCAUUGCUCAGAUUGCUUUAGUACCCUAACCUGCAAUUCAGCGAUUAAAUCAUCGGGCCCUUUUCGGUGCCCUAUCAUAGACUGCCCCAAUCGACCACAUUGCCCCUUUCGAUUCCACGCUUGUAAGCUCAACGAACAUCUUAGUCACAUAUGUUCAAGGACAGUCGUAUCUUGCCUUAACGCAUUGUACGGAUGCCCGAUUACUCUGACACGAGAUCGAAUAUCGGCUCACCUCCGGGUUUGUCCGGCCAGUGUGGUCCAUUGUUCCUUUAAAUGGGUGAGAAAGCUUCUCACUGGCUACAACGAUGUUGCAAAGCAAAUUCCAGCUUCUCCAUUUCUAAAAAAUAGCGGCACAAAAAAUUUAGUCCUUUCCGACUCCCCCGGGAAGGCAAUCGCGAUUAGUAAAAGAUUGUGCGAUGAUGAGAUGGACUCUUCUCACGUGAAUUACAUUCAUCAAGACACCUGGGACGGCUUUCGUAGGAUCACGUGUUCCCAUUGCCAGCCCAAAACGACUUCCCAAAAUGAGAUACAUGAGUUUAGCCACAAUGGCGAGCCGAAUAAAAUUAAUCCACUAAGCGUCUCGAAAAUGAAUUUAGUCAUAAAAGACGAUCUUGAAGAGAAAAAAAUGGAUUCUCCUCCAGUUCAAACCAAUGGAAACCUUUUAAUACCCCUCAGCCAAUCAAACUAUGAUUCUAAUGAUGUAAUUCCCCUUGACUUAGCGCUCCUUUUAAGAGAUCAAAGGAAAUACUUGAAAGGCAAUCCUAACUUUCUGAAUCAUCGCCUAUGCCUCAAUCCGGUGACUAAAAUCCAGCAAGCCGAACAUUCCCCACUUCGGACCAGCGAUACCGCCGAAGAAGUUUUACCGCACCUAAACUCGGAAGCUAACUUAAAAUUCAGUCGAUAUAAACCCAGCCCCUGGAUAGGCUCCGCCCUCGGUCCCCCGUUCUCUUCCGACACUUUAACACCUCGCGAUAAUUCGGCGUCGACAAAAUACAGUUUGCGUUAUCAACCCUACAUCACCAAGAUUAUGAAUUGCGAUAAUGAUGGUAAUAACGUGAAACAUAAGCCUUACUACGACCACAAGAGAUCCCUUUCUUUGUACGAUUAUUUGAUGUUGAAACGUAGCCAGGCCAAAACCCGGGUCCUCUUUAACUCGUCUAGAUUACCCAGACCCCGAUCUUAUCCUCUGAGUCACGAAAACGAAAUUUAUUCGCUAAAUUAUGCCCCGAUUUCGGAAAUAGAAAAUAUCCUGAAUCCGUGUUCACAAAAUGUGUCGGAAAGGAUUAACAAGGAGCCAAUCACAAAAUUCUAUCAAAAUCGCUAUAAUUCUUUUUUCCCACUAAAACAGGAAGUAAAAUCUACUAUUUCUUCAUCACCGCCGCCGGUCCUUAAAAAGAAGCCUUCCAUAAGCAUAUUGCUUCCGUCCAAAAUCUUGGACCGGAUACUGAAGUGCAGAAAAAUAUGCGUUGACACGCGCCUUAAUUUGCUCAAGAACAACGAAUCCUACGAUAGCAUAUUGGCUAAAGCAGAAAAUGUCGACCAAAUUUUUCCUUGUAACGCGUUAUUAUUAUCUUCGACCUCGAAAAAUAGCUCAUCCGGCUAUGCUCAACUUUUUGAGCCGCCUACUAAUCGCACGCCUUAUAACGAUGGUAAUGCAUUAUCUUCCCCCGCGGUAAAAUGUAAUUCGAAUUGGGAUCGAGAUAAUGACCACCUUUCGAAUUCUUCGGAUCCUAUUAUUAGCGCUAACGAUCUUGAACUGCAUGAUGAUAGCUCCCAUAUCACCUAGUCAUUACUGUCGCAGCUCAAUUUACUCUAAAAAUCCGAUUCCGUUUGAGCAUUCCAUAAACAGUUCAACAAGCUGUGAAAGUGCGGGGAAAAUCGCAUUUUCUAAUUCCUUUAAUCAUCAUCCGCGUGACGAUGAUAA